UGCAAGUCUGAAGGCCAUAGAAUUCCAAGCCAGAUUUUGAAGAUUUGCGCUACUUUCCGGAUGGAGAGUCCCCUAGUUGUGGGGGUCCACGGCCCUUUAAAUCAUGCUUGGUUAUCAGAAAAUGAACUGGGGAUUUAUAGAAGAACAACUGCUUCGAAUGAAUCCACUCUCAAUGAGAUACUCAUUGAAAAUGUUAAAUGGGGCACGUCAAUAUACAACGAUGAGUUUAUGAGACGCCUUGCUAAAAGUUCCUUUGAGGUGUUUUCAGCACUUCAAAAAUGUUCAGGGCAGAACUCGUAAGUUUGGUUGUUAAAAUAUUCCCCUUCAGAUUUAUCACCCACAGCAUUCAAUACAGAGCUGCCUUAGCUGUGUGUUCAAAUGAAAUUUUCACAUUUCUAAGUAAUUUAGCAUAUCUUAUUCCUUUCAGAACUUUCAGCAGGUUCGGAUGAGGCAAGGGCAGCUCAUCUAAUUGCCCAAGGUAAUCUGAUUCAGACAUUAGAGCUCUUGUGGCAUCUUGCGGAACUGAUUUUUAUCCAAGUAUCUCCACCUGGAUAUUUAGCAUUCAAUCUCUGUAGUUGGUUUUACGUACAGUCCCAGGAAGCGGCUAAUCGCGCUCGAGAGAUUUUGGACAGUGCAAACAGAGAGCAAUCCGGUCAUAUUUUAUUGCAUGAUAAACUGAAUAAUCUUAAAUCAUGGGAAACCAACAAGGACUUUUGGCCAACAGUUCUAAGCUUGGUUUUACAAGCUAGGUGUCAAGAAGCAGCAAGUUUGCUUGUCUUGCAUUCUAAUUCUAACGGUCGUGGUCUCCGAAGUCUACGUCAACUUCUAGCUUCUAUGCCAGUUGCUUCUCAUGCUGAAAAAGAGGGCAAGUGAUUUUGCCUAAGACAUUUUUUGUAACGUGUGCAUUUUUGAGACAUUCAGUAGUUAGUCUCACUACCUUAAGUAGAUCUCAAUAAAAUAUUUGUUUUCUAUUUCUUUAUGAUCGUUCGUAUUAUCGUAGUAGAUACUCGAUAUUUCCUGCUGAAAUUCGCUGUCUCAAUAAUUGUUACAAACUGUCCAUCCUGCAUACAAUUAAAUCACACCUGUUUUUUUGGAAACUAGAGGUUAAUUUAACAUGAAACUUGGUGGUCAUAGAUCUUAUAUUGGCUUCCUGGACUAUUUGUCAGAAAAGUCCAAAUGACGACCAAGCAUGUACAAGAGAAAGAUUCCAUCAAGUGUCAUCGUUCACAAAAUAUGUUUUUUGCCUUUAAAGUAUCCAACUGUUUUAUUGGAGCUUUAUUUGGACAGUAAUAGCAUCGUUAUUCUAGAGAAGUAGGUGUAAUAAAAGUCUAGGGAAGCUGUAUAUGGAGAUAAUUUCUCAUUAUUAUGCAAGCUCCCUUAAAAAAUUUCAAUAGUUUCUUCAUAGCCGCCAACAUUCUCUAUAAGCGAUAAUCUAAUAUACUUUUAAAACAAUUUAUAGCCAUUGGUUUAUUUAUUUUAUUACUCGAAAGUUAUGACAAUUUGAAUCUCUAAAUAAACCAUUUAAAUCCUGAAUUGUUCGUCAUUAUAGUUGUCUUUUUAGUUCCUGGUAAUAACUUUGAUUCAUACAGUAAUAAUCCAAAUCAAUACUCAUUGGGUCUUUUAUAGAAUUGAAUAGAACGAUAUCAAAGGCAUCAUAUAUCACUCAAAAGAAAUAUCUAGGUUGAAUGGGAUCUAAAAAUACGCACUUCUAGUAAGAAUCCCGUAUGAUUAAUUACUUGAAAGUGGUGAUAACCAUAGUGGGAUUAGUUUGAAUAGCAUAGCAUCUAAAAUACUGGCGUCAAUAAUUAUCGGGCGCCUAACAAAGACUCGUGAACUACAAACACGAAAAAAUCAGGCUGGCUUCAGACCCAGUCGUGGCUGCAUCGAUCACAUAUUCACCAUUCGUCAGAUUUUAGAACACAGGUAUGCUUAUCGGCGUCCGACAAUGAUGGUUUUUCUUGACUUGAAAGUAGUAUUUGACUCUGUAAACUGAGAGGUUCUGUGGCAGUGUCUGUCAUUGGAAGGCGUACCUCAGAAGUACAUAAACCUUGUGAAGGCUCUUUCCUCAAACACUACUAGUCGAGUGAGAGCUUAUGGCGAACUGUCAUCUGCUUUUGCAACCUCAAGUGGUGUCCGUCAAGUCUGUCCACUUUCAAUUUUUGUUUAACUUCAUAAUAGACCUGCUGAUGGAAAUAACGUUCUUGUCGAUUGAAUUCUCGGGCGUUGAUCCCCCUCCAGGGGGUUCACUUAUCGACUUUGAAUACGCAGACGACAUAUUCCUGUUUGGUGAAGACUCUGAUAAAAUCCAGAGUCUUUUGGUAGUACUGAGCAACAAUGUCAGGCUGUUUGGAAUGCGCUUCUCCCUCUCUAAAUGCAAGUUGUUGCCUCAGGACUGGUCUGCGUCGACAACUUCACUUACCUUAGAAGUCUGAUAAGCCCUAAUGUUUUGGUGUCUGACGAAGUGUCAGCAAGGAUUCGAAAAGCUCGUUUGGCUUUUGCCAACUUACGUCACCUAAGGCGAAUGCGAGAUGUCCAUCUAUCAAUAAAAGGACGAGUAUACUGCACGGCAGUUCGCUCUGUUCUACUUUACGGCUGCAAAACGUGGUGAUUAAGAGUUGAGGAUAUUCGUAAGCUACUAGUAUUUGAUCACAGAUGUCUUAUAAAUAUUGCUGGGGUCUGCUGGGAUCACCGGGUAAGUAAUAGUGAGGUUAGACGCAGGUUAUUAGGGAAUGAUGGUAAAUCAGUUGAUGAGGUUGUGAAUCUUCAUGGACUGAGAUGGUUGGGCCACGUGUUGGGGAUGGUUGGAAGAAAGUUGGGGGUGGCCAAACCAAAACGUGGCACCAGUGUUCGAAGUCACUAACUUCUAGUCUGAGCCAUGUUGGUAGAUGCAGACUACUUGGUUGGGGUCCGCGUGACUAUUGUAACCAACGGUUGGAGACUGUGGCUGACAUGGCUCGGAAUCGAUUACAAUGGUGUAGGUGUAUACACUCUUUGUCUUCCCUUAAAUUGUGGGAUUAAGAUUACACUUAACUUUCUUCCUACUUAUUUCUUCCUGUAUUAUGUCCUUAUACACAAUCUUUUAUUUAUUACUACAAUUGAAGUAACUACUUCUAUGAAUUUGGUGUUCAUCUUGUUGUGCUAAUGAGGUAUGGCAACUUGGACCGAUGCAUAUAUAUGCGUGGUCUUACGUUGCAUCUGACGUAAUGAAAUUGGUUUAUUUCGUAAAAUUUCUCCCAAUGUGCCAAAAUUGAAUAUUCUACAUCUCUUUUUCCAAGAGUUUGUGGCAAAUACGGAAAUUGAAGUUCUAUUGCAUAAAAUUUAUUUCCUUAGUGGGGCUGAUCAACAUGACCACAUCAGAUAUCUUUAUAAAUACCCGUGUAAUUUCCACUCGAAUCAUUAUGGAUAUCAUAGGUUAAAUAAACUUGUUCCGAAUUCGUUUCUCGUUUUUAACUUCCUAAUUAUUGGUGAUUAAUACAUAAAGUGGAUCUAGAUCUGUCGCUCUUCAGUAGUAAGUUACUUUGCUUAGUGAGUAGUUCAGGAGCAUUGUUACAAUUGCACGAUUACUGGAACUAAAAUUAGUGCUUCUCGGCGUAACUUGUUAAUAAAGUAGAUAAAUUAAGCAUUUUCUACACAUAAACGUUCUUCGUAAUCCAUUUUUUUACAUUACAAAGAUAUUAGUUACAGUUUAAUGGCUAUCAUUUAGCAAAUGUUUAGGAAAAUUUAUUUAUUGACUAGCUAUAAAUCAGCAUCUAUUUAACUGAAGAUGUUUUAUUGGUUGACAGUGUUUUCUAUGUUUCUAACAGCAUACUUUAAAAGGUGCUUCGAGAAAUUUUUUACAUUCUCUCAUAUAUGAUCAGUUUUGGGAAGUCUCUGUUCUCUAUGUAAAUAUUUAUUCUUAUUUCCACCUUUUAUAGAUAUAGACCAACUAAACGUCUUUGCACUUUCAACCAUUUCUAGAAUUAUUUCUUCGUAUAUUUGGCGUGGGGACUGUUUGUCAUGUCUUUUUUAGCGUAAUACGUACUCACUUUUGAUAACACGCAUAUGUAACACUAAUUGUUUAGGUGAACUUUCACUGGUUGUUAAUCCUUGCUUGUAUCUCAUCCAUCAACGUGUUUAUCUACUUGAUAAGCUUUACUCAAUGCUUGAAUUCUUUCUUUUUAUCGUGAACAUGGAUUUGAGAAACUUAUGUUUUGUCUCUUUCACUUUCUGUUUUCAUUAGUUACUUGUAAUCCAUUAUCCUUAGUUUCUGAUGUAAAGUUUUCAGAAUGUGUUUUCUAAAAAUCCUUGUUUUUUUAUUGGUGUUAGGUAUGUGGACUGAGUAUGGUGCUCAGUUUUCGCAGGCGUGGAAUUAUUGGCAGUCAGAGUGUGAACAUCGACUGUCUUCGGGAGAAUUCGACCAUGUUGGUGGUGAUCCAGCAUCAGUUGACUACAUAAAAUUAAUUGUAAAUAUCUUAUCGGGGCGUACGUCUAUUUGGGAUGACCCGCGAAUUCUGGAUGUAACUAGAGGUUCACGUGGAUGGUUUUUUCGUUUUGUAUCAUUUGUUUUCUACACUGACCAGUUGGUAAAUAUUGAUGGUUUAAGCAGUGAUCUUGAUCGAUGGCUUGCUUUAACGAAGAAAGGUAAUAUGGAACCGGGCUCUAACUUUGAUCAGUCCGUCGAUGCUUUAAUCACAAGCAUUUUUCACGUGGAUCUAUUUUCAUUUGUUCGUAUAGCAAGUGAAAAAUUAAGUAAUUGGUGGUUUAUUGCACAUUUUACGAAUCUUUUAAAUCACAUAUAUCCUGGUGUACUUAAUGAUCUUCAGCUUACACAUAAACAAGACGAGUUAUCUUUAGAAUCUUGUCCAAAAACAGUAAAUUAUAAAUCUAAUGCUAAGUUUAAUGAAUCACUGUAUCAACCUGUAGACAGCUCUUCAUUGGUUGAAUUUUUUCUUCUUGGUUAUGUCGAAUCAUUGGCUUCUGAAACAAGUCUUUUAUCUAUUGCACUUGGAUAUUUGGAUCACUGUAAAUCUGGGCGUACUCGUCAAUCUACCUUAUUAUUGAGGCAUGCUGUGCCAGUUUCAACUAGAGCUACAAACUGGUUUAUUAGUCAAGCCAAAGUUAGAGGAUUAUAUUCAACUGCUGAAGAAUUAGCCAAAUUAAAUUGUCGUAGAUUUACAUGUUUAUCAUUGCAAUCACAAGAAGGUUCUAUAAUUAAUUCAUCAAAUUAUUCUCCAAUAUGUAUCUCUAUAGGUUGGGCUUUAAUGGCACGUGAUUAUUCUAUGAUUAAUCGAUUAGCUGAACUCUCUCUUGCUAGAGAUAAUGGAUUUAUGCAUAAGGACACUUUAAAUGAAACAAUAACUUCGCAUGCUUCUACAGAAGUUGCAGAAUUGGCUGCUAUAAUAUUAGGUUUUUGUCGAGGAUCAUCAUUUGACGAACCGUCUAAUAAUAAUAAAGUUAAUGAAGUGAAUCAUCUUCAAUUAUCACCUGAAUUAGCUUUUUUAAUUCGUUAUGCUGAACUUCAACAAAGUUUUAAUGAUGGUGAUUGUGAAGGCGCAGUUGAUCGAAUUAUUGACUUACUAGUUACUAGUCCUGGGAACUCACUUAUUACCACCAAUUCAACUGGACAAGAUUGUACAAAUUCUUCGAAUACAGGUUUUGGUUUACGUAUACCAACUCGUCUUAAAAUAAGACUUCUUGCUGAAGUAAGACACUUAUUGGGUCGAAAUUGUCUACGUCGAGAUCAAGUUGAAGUGCUUAUCACUGCUUUGAUUGAAUUAAGAGCAGAUUUGGAUUUAAAUCCUAAUAACAUGUCCACAAAUAGUGAUAUGCAUUCAUUACUAACAAAAAUUCAUAUGUCUCUUGCUAAAGAGCUAGCAUCGACAUUCUUUGCUACCUCUAAUACCAUUCCUAUAUCUCUGUCUUUAUCACCCAAUAGUAUGGUUGAUACAAAUUGGCAUUAAGCCUGUUUCCUUAUUUACCAUGUUGUGUAAACUUUUUAAGCAGUAAAUUUUGUUGAAAUAUGGUGCAUUUAUGAUCCCAUGUUUUGUGUAUAUGUUUUUGUUGCUAUUUUGUAUGGAAAGUUUUGAAUUUUCUAUUUUCUGUCCUAUCUACACUUUAAGAACAAACAUUUGAUUUUUUCCGUUUUAUUAGUUCAUCAUGAUAAUUUGUCUGGUGUUGCUGUAUGAGGUGAUUGAGUUCGUAUACUCACCUUCAUGAUCUCUUUGCAAUUCAUAGGGAUCGAAUCCAUUUAAGCUUGAAUAAGUAAUUUUUGAUAACUCUCACGGAAUAAAGAGUAUUGUCUACAGCCUCGUACGUUGACAGGUACAUGAAGUUUGUUCAUUGUUAUCCUAUAUUUAUGUAUAUAUUAAAAAGAACAAACAAAAUUGUGCUAUUCCAUUUCAAUUGUUCCUGAGUUGAUAGUAAAUAUGGAUGGGUCG